CCAAGAAGAAGCGGCCUUCACCGCUCCCACAGCGGAGGGUACCCCUGGAGACGAAGGGGGCGGGGUUACGCGCCGACGUCACCAAAGAGAGCCGUAGUAAUGAGGUUGACCAAGCCUACUUUGUUCACCAAUAUCCCUGUGACCUGUGAAGAGAGAGACUUGCCAGGAGAUCUAUUUAACCAGUUAAUGAAAGAUGAUCCUUCCACUGUAAAAGGAGCAGAAACAUUAAUGCUUGGGGAAAUGUUGACUUUGCCUCAGAAUUUUGGAAACAUAUUCUUAGGAGAGACAUUUUCCAGCUAUAUUAGCGUACAUAAUGACAGUCACCAAGUGGUAAAAGAUAUUUUAGUAAAGGCUGACCUACAGACAAGUUCGCAGCGUUUAAACCUUUCGGCCUCUAGUGCUGCAGUGGCAGAACUCAAACAAGACUGUUGCAUCGAUGACGUAAUCCACCAUGAAGUAAAGGAAAUAGGGACACACAUUUUGGUGUGUGCGGUAAGCUACACCACACAGACAGGUGAGAAGAUGUACUUCAGAAAGUUCUUCAAAUUUCAGGUGCUCAAACCGCUAGAUGUGAAAACUAAAUUCUACAAUGCUGAGAGUGACCUCAGUUCUGUGACUGAUGAAGUAUUUUUGGAAGCUCAGAUUCAGAAUAUCACAACCUCUCCAAUGUUUAUGGAAAAGGUAUCACUGGAGCCUUCUAUUAUGUACAACGUAGCAGAAUUAAAUGCUGUCAACCAAGGUGGGGACAGUGUGUCAACAUUUGGUUUAAGGACAUAUCUACAACCCAUGGAUACACGCCAGUAUUUGUACUGUCUUAAACCAAAGCAAGAGUUUGCAGAGAAAGCUGGAGUUAUUAAAGGUGUAACAGUAAUUGGAAAACUUGACAUAGUAUGGAAGACUAACCUAGGAGAAAGGGGAAGGUUGCAAACCAGUCAGCUCCAAAGAAUGGCCCCAGGUUACGGUGAUGUCAGGCUUUCAUUGGAGACAAUUCCAGACACUGUAAACCUGGAAGAACCUUUUGAUAUUACAUGUAAAAUAACAAACUGCAGCAGUGAAAGGACCAUGGAUCUGGUUUUGGAAAUGUGCAACACUAAUUCCAUUCACUGGUGUGGUGUGUCAGGCAGGCAGCUGGGCAAACUGCACCCCACUUCAUCCCUACACUUGACACUUACGCUGCUAUCAUCGGUCCAAGGACUACAAAGUGUCUCUGGUUUGAGAUUAACAGACACCUUUUUGAAGAGGACAUAUGAGUAUGAUGAUAUUGCACAAGUCUGUGUUGUUUCUUCAAAAAUAAAAGAAAAUUGAAAGAGAACCCUUUUUGUUUUACUAUUCCUUAUUUUCAUUUUUGGACCAACUGUCUGGCAAAAAAAUAACGACUAAGCCAAAUGCAUCCUCUGUAAUCCAAAAAAGUAUUUCCCUAUUUAACUGGCCUUCUGGAACUCAAUCUGACAUCUUUGGAAUGUUUUUAAAAACUCUUUUAUUUGUAAAGAGCCAACCACGUGUAUUUUAAACUAUUUAGAAAUAAAGCCUUUAGUCCAACAA